AUGAAGAAUACAUUUGAAGUCACAGCUGUGGGUGAGUUUUUCAUACAGCUACCAUCUGACGUCGUCCUGUCCCUGUUCCGGGCAGUAGACCUUCAGGUAGACAGUGAAGAGACUGUCCUCAAGGCGAUUGGAAGGUGGGUCGGUCCACUGAGCAAAGUGGAUGAAACACGAGUGGUGUACGCGGCAAAUAUGAUGAAGGAAAUGCGGUGGUAUCAAGUUGAUGCCGACUUCCGAUAUCGGCUCGAUGAUGAGGAUGGCUUUUGGAAUACAAAUAUGGAAUGCUUGUAA